UAGGGCGCAUAGUAAAAGUUUUAGGCUGAACGAUAUAUACCUCCUAGUAAAACAGAGAGUUGGCAACGCAAUUCUUAUUGCCAAAAUUAAACAGAAAACAAAGUGUAUUACACAUUCACACACUCGUUGGAAAUAAUUAUUACAGAAUCGAAUAAAAGGAAAGUAUCUCAUAUAAUUUAAUUCAUGGAGUACCGUGCUAGCUGUAAUAACUACUGGGCAACUUUGCAAACACAUUAAAAGUUUAAGAAAACUUUAAUAUAUUGACUAAUUAAACUACCGGUUCGCUAUAAGGGCUUGAAAAUUGGCAAUAACUUUACAUCCUUUAUUUCGGAGUGACGGCUGUAAAGGCUUAUUAUUUCCAGCUACCACGGCCGAAACAAAAACAAGACCCCUUCUCGCAAACGCAAAAAAUAAGUGUAAGGAGUUAUUUUCCCUUUCUUUAUUAACAGACAUGACGCCUUUUGACGAUUUCGUUUUUUUCAUUAAUCAUGUGCUACUGGGAGAUGAGCCGACAAUUGAGGAUUUUAUCCUGCUUGUAGGCACAUUGGUGGCUUUCAUUGCUUUCAUACUUUGGUGCUGCUUUCCAAUACAGCCGAAGGAUGGUAUUAAUCAUCGACAAUUAUCCUGCAAAUCCCUUCAAAACUCACUCGAAUCUGCACAAGUGCGUAGCAGCUAUAGCAAACUAGCGUGCAAUGAAUAUAGUAUAAAAAACGGUGGACAUGUAUAUCAUUGUUGUACUUAAAUAAUAGAAGACUGAAGCAUCCGCCAACAAAUAAAGACAAUUUAAUUAAGAUAUAAAUAAGCAAUUUACGCAGAUAAUCGAAACAUUCUUCAAUAAGAUGUACUACAUUAUUUAGCCAUAGUCGGACACAAUACAAUUUUAGUGUAGAGUGAGCCAACUGCACAUUAAAAGAUGCCAAUAACAUGAUAAAAUCAAAUAGGGAAUAAGCUAAAAAAAUUUGUAUGAUAAUAAUAUUUACUAUAUUACUUCAAUUUGAUUCCCGCAUAAAAACGCAAUUUUAAAUUGACAGUAAUAUGAAAAACAAUUAUUUAAGUAGGAACAGUUGUAGUACUAUAAUAUCUAAGGCAUAUUGAAGACAAAAUAAGGCUGCGUUUCGCUAAAGCGCAAACGUUAAAUGAUAGUUUAUUUUAUUUUGAUUGACAUUUACUUUCGAUGAAAUCGAAAAUAAUGUAAAUAAUGGUAAUUUAAACGAAUCAUUAAUGAAUUUAAAUUCAUAUAAAUAUUUAUAAUAUACAUAUAUGUGUGCUCACGAUACCAAAUGUAAAACCUUUAUCAACAAAACAUGAAUAUUUUUUUUGCAUGAAAAGACGAUUACCGAAGGUGCUUUUUAUAUUUUUAUUAGAGUAGUUUUAUGUAAAACGAAUUUAUUAUCUGAACUCUUAACGAAGUGCUUCUCAUUUGUACUGUAAAUGAAGUUUAAGAAUCACACAAUAUCACGUUGUUUAAAAACACAUAUUUUGUAAGUAACGAAACAUUUUCUAGGCUUUCUUAAACGUUUUAUUCAACCCUGCUUUGACCUUUUGAAUCAUUUCAUUUUUAAUUCAGCCAUCUUUUGUAAAACUAAGUCUCUUGUUAGUUUUAUUGUUUUGUAUGUUCUUUUUAGUUUUAUUCAUUGGGGAUUAAAUAACUUGUCCUAAAAUUUAUGUUCGUUAAAAACGACUUAGUUUAAAAUCGGAAUUUGUUUUCGAAAUUGUUGCCAUAUAUAUAUAAUGUAAUUUAAAUCAGAAAAAUAAAGUGAGAAAAAAUAAUUAUUAGUUUCAUAUCAUUUUAUAUUAUUUUAUCACAUGCUAUGCCACUAUUACCCCAAUUUUUAUUUCACACAUUUGUAUAUGUAAUAUUUUGCUAAUUUUUUUUUUAAAACCUUCAUACGUACAUACAUAGAAUAUUGUAUAUAUAUAUUUUCUUAAUACUAAAAAUAUGUUAACUCAUGGAAAUUUCAGUGAAAAAUUUUAACAAUAACUAUACCUGCUAAGCAUCAAGAGAACGCCAAGUAAAAA